CCCUUUAUGAAAAUAUUGAUUGCAGCAAAUUAAUUUUGAUUUGUAAUUGGGUCAAUCGAAUUAAUGGUUUGAGGAAGGAGUUUGGGGCUGCCUCGAGGCAACAUUGAACAAAGGCGACAACGUCAUGAUGCAUACUGUCUUAGUGAUCUUGGUACUAGCSGUAUACCCGUAUGGAGCAACAAAGACGCACAAACGUAGAAUAGAACUGCUACAUAAAGGAAAGCCACUGGAAGAGCUGGUCACUCUUGGGGCACACUUUGACCCRCAUGAUGUCAAAGGUCUGGCUGAAUCACUUAAACCUACUUUACUAGAAGAAACACAGCAAGAACGAAUGAUGCUACAACAGAACGGUGUAGAGGACCCAUACCCUCUCGAUGCCACUAUUGAAUAUGAGAGUAGGAAAAAGCUUCCAAAACCCAUCAUUGCCACAGAAAACAAUCCUUCUGAGAAGGACAACACCUACAACUACGACGACCCAGACGAUACCAGGUAUAACAUGAAAGAUGAUAUGCCUGAAUACAACAUUGAAACCAAGGCUGAUUUUCAAAGCAACAAAGAAGCAGCUGAUUGGCUGAUGCAUGACCCCAAUAGAUACAAUGUCAUGCCAAAUAAGGACAGCAAAGCGUUCUUUGCUGAUGGUGAGGAUUUAGAUAACCCAACGAAUGAUGAYCCUAUACGACUUGACAAGCAAAUACAAGACAGUMAUAAAGAAGAUAGUAAUACUAAAGACACUGACAGCAAAAGUGACAAUUUAACUGGAGAUGAUGUAUUAAGUGAUGCUGAUCAAAAGAUCAUAAACAGCGCUUAUAGCCUGGAUGAAUAUGAUAAUGAGAACGAAUUUGGAAUGGGAAAUAAACAUAAUGGUUUGGACACCAAGGAGUUUUUUUCCAGUAACAUUCCAGAUACUGCAGAAAGUCCAGSUAAAAAUGAUAAAGAUGAACCUGCCAUUAAAAUAACAGACGGCGAUGUAGACAACCCACAAGAUGAGUCUUCUACUUCUGCUAAGGAUGAAGCAGGAAGAAAAGAGGAAGAACCCAGAAUAAGAGUAACGAAUGACAACGAUGGGAUUUCUAAUCAAGAAACACAUCCUACAUCUGAUUCUGAUAAAACAAAGCUAGAGAAAUCUCAAAAAGAAAACAGCGAAAAUGACAAAGAUAAAGACACAAAUUCACAGGACAAGGAAGCACAUGAUCAACAGCGUAUCGAUGAAGACCAUAAGCCUAUACCCGUUUAUAGACUGAAACACGUACAUAARKACCGAAGAAAGAAGYUGAAAAAAACUAAGCCAUUAUCAGAGUCUGGUACAUCCAGGCAACAUGUCCUUCUGAAUAGCAACCCUGUAGCUACAGAGGAUCCACUGGAAAUGACGGAAAGAAUGAACAGUUUUGAGAAUAUGAUGAUGGCAAGAAAUGAAGAAGAACGAAUGGCAAGGUUGUACAACUUCCCUCAUCAAACCCACCACCUCCUGAAUGAACUACAUGCAGAAGCCACACCACAGGAUCCAGUAGAAGGAGAAGACAGACAUGGAAUACCUUCCAAAUAUGGAGACUGGAAUGGAUGGUCCAGGUGUUCAGUCACGUGUUCUCAAGGCACUCAGAUCAGAGCAAGAAUGUGUUUAGCAUUACCAUGUGAAAGUAGGGAACUCUACCAGUCAAGGACGUGCAUACGGAAUAUAUGCCCAGACAAAUGGCGCGAAGAAAGCCUACAUGCUCAUAAUCGUUUACGUAAGUUGCAUCACUCUCCUCCUCUUGUUUGGUCGAAUUCACUUGCAAAAAGAGCCAAAGACCUCGCAAAUACACUAGCAGCCAUGGAUUACAUAGGUUCACAAGAUUUACAUGAAGAGAAGGGAGAAAAUAUAGCACAGCUACAUAUUAAACCUGAAAAGUACGAAGAACUGGCCAAGAAAGCUGUUAAUCUCUGGUAUAGAGAAGCGAGUGACUAUAGUUUCUCGUAUCCACAAUUAACCCCAUCAAAUCGUCAUUUUAUUCAAAUGAUAUGGAAAAAGACGAAGACGCUCGGCAUGGCGUCGACAAGCAGUCGUAGCGGCGAAUAUACCUUCGUAGUUGCCUUAUAUGGAGGUCCUGGAGUCGAAACCAAGCUUUUACGUGACAAUGUUUUACGAUCUGGAGAGAAAAAUGAUGUUUACACGACAUUUAGGCGAAGUAAUACAUAGYUUUGCUUAAAUUAAUGAAUAGAAAAGCUUACAUCUGAAAUGACAGAAAUGCAACAUUUUCGCACAAAAACAAACAAUUAAACUGACCAACCAUGAUGCUGUAGCAUUGGACCAGCUCACGAAAUGUGUGCGGUGYUCCAUUUAAAUACUGAAGCCUUGAACGUAAGCAAYAAUAGAGAAAGGGCUGCAAAGACCUCUUAAACAUAAUGCCGUGACCGUGUUUGCACUACAAAAUUACUAGUUUUAUUGACUAAAUGUACGACAUWACAUGAAUCUUGGAUAACAUUUUUCAUAUACUUUUAUAACACAGUGAUACUAACAACGCACAAAUAACUAGCGUCCAAGAGAGAAAAAAUGUGAUUCUUUUUACUACUGUCACAUCUAACAACUACAAUCUAUAGAAUAUCGUGUUUUUUCAUACCAAUCUUUUACUUAAAUAUGAAGGUGUAAUUGUCGACCUUCUUGCAAAA